GAGAACUAAACUCCACGAAACAAAAACAAUUAAACUGAAUAAAAAAAAUUAAAAAAAACACACAAACCGAAGAAAAAUAUUAUCACUGUUAAGCUUCUUGAAUUGAACAUUUCCUUCAGUUUUUUUUUCCACACGAAAAAAUUGUACACAAUCAAAGAGAUGUCAUGGCUAAGAUCCGCCGUGAACAAGGCGGUGGAGGUAGGCAACAAGAAUAACCUCACACGCGCCGUCAAAAACUAUGCUGACUCCGUCGUGCAUCAAGCCGGUCAAGCCGUCGCUGAAGGAGCCAAAAUCUUACAAGAUCGCAUUGGGAAUAGGAAUUAUAAAAGUGUUAAGCUAACUAUUAAACGACUUGAGGAGGCUGCUGUUACUUGCAGAGGACCUGAGAGGAUUAUGUUGCUGAAAAGAUGGUUGCUUGUGCUUAAUGAAGUUGAGAAGUUAUCUGCAGGAGCAGGAGCAGCUUCUUCUGAAGAUAAACAAAGGACACUUGAGCAGCACCUUUAUCCUGAUGAUGGAGGGGAAAGCCCAAGAAAGCAGUCUAUGGUACUGUAUUAUGAUUCUGAUAUAGGAGGUGAACCAAUGAAUUUCCGUGAUGUUUUUCUUCAAAGUCAAGCUUUGGAAGGCAUCACAUUGUCCAUGAUCCUUGAAGCACCAAAUGGUGAAGAGAUUUCAUUGCUCCUGGUGAUAUUUGGGAUCUGUCUAACUAGAGGAAAAGAAGUUCAUAAUGCAAUAGUGAGCAGCAUACAAGACCUAGCUACAGCUUUUGCCAGCUACCAAGAUGAAGUUUUGGUGAAGCGGGAGGAAUUGCUUCAAUUUGCACAAGGUGCCGUAACAGGGUUAAAAAUUAAUGCUGAUCUUGGAAGAAUAGAUGCCGAAACUUCUGAGCUUAAGAGUAAACUUGAAGGAAUGAUUAGUUCUGAAAAGCCAUCAAAUGAAGGCCAGGAGAAAGGAUUUGAUGGAACAGCUAAAGAAAGUAUAGAGGCCCUGAAGAAAGCGCUUGCACAAAUUCGUAUCUGUUCCAGACUGGAAGGGCUUUAUUUGAAAAAGAAAAAUUUGAAUUUUGGAGACUCUCCAGAGGUCCAUGCUCAGAAGGUUGACAAGUUAAAGGUCUUAUCAGAAUCCCUUUCUAGUUCUGCAUCAAAAUCUGAAAAGCGCAUCUUAGAUCACAGAAUUCAAAAAGAAGAGGCUCUGAAAGUUCGUAUUUCCAAAGCUGAUGAAGCCAGUGAAAAAGAGAAGGAAAUAUCAGCUGAAAUUUCUGUACUUGAAAAAGAAAGAGACGAACUUGAAGCUCAACUGAAAAAGGUUAAUAUCUCUUUGGCUGCUGCAAAUGCAAAACUUCGCAAUGCCAGGGAAGAAAGAGAUCAAUUUGAAGAAGCUAAUAACCAAAUCAUUGAGCACUUGAAAACAAAGGAAGAUGAGCUGUCAAAAUCUAUUGCUACAUGCAAGGUAGAAGCCAAUGUCCUUAGUACCUGGAUUAAUUUUAUGGAAGAUACUUGGGUUCUCCAGCGCUCAUAUACAGAAAUGAAGGAGAAGCAAGUCGAUGAUGAACUGAAGAGACAUGAGGACUAUUUUGUGAACUUGGCAAUCAAUCUCCUCUCUGAUUACAAGAAAGAGUUGGGGCCUGCUAUCAGUCGUAUUGCGAAAUUUGUGGAAAACCUAAAGAAAUUGAGUGAAAGGUCAGAUUCGGAGAUGGCAACUAGCGUGGAUAAUGAUGAUUCAAAAGCAUUGCAUCCAAGGAAAAAUCUUGAGGAGGAAUAUUUGGAUUAUGAAGCCAAGAUUAUAACUACCUUCAGCGUGGUUGAUAACAUGAAGGAGCAGUUAUAUGCUCAACCAGGGUCUGUUUGUAGGAAAGACGACACAAGGAUUAAAGAACUAUUCGAUGAUAUUGAGAAGUUGAGAAAGGAAUUUGAAUCCAUCGAGAGACCAACUUUAGAAUUGGAGACUCCACCUACCCCCAAAGCAGAAACCACAUCUGAGAAGUCACUAGGAAGUCCAACCCGCAAAUCAAGUCCAGAUGCCAGCUCACCAAAAUCGGAGACAGAAGAUGCCAGCGCACCAAAAUCGGAGACAGAAGAUGCCAGCGCACCAAAAUUGGAGACACAAGAUGCCAGUGCACCAAAAUCAGAGACAGACAGACAACUGAAAUCACCUGCAGUUGAGGAACAGCAGGUGCUUGAUCCAGCAGCUGAACUAGCGAAAUUAGAAUCGGAGUUUGGGAAUGAUGCUAGAGACUAUUCAGCGGAGGAGAUUGGUGAUUGGGAAUUUGAUGAACUUGAAAGGGAGCUGAGGUCCGGUGAUACUGCAAGUAAGUAACCUCGAAACCCUUCCACACAAAUGAAAAUCCACUAAACGAGCAAGUAUACGUGCUAUAAUGAUAUGUAUGACCCUCCCAAAAGCUGAAUUUUAUGUCACGAGCUUUUCGGUGUAACUUGUAUAAUUGGAUGGACUCUAAACUUCCAAUUUGUUUAUUCUUCUGUAAAUUGUCGAAGUUGUAUGCUGUAAGGUAAAAAUAUUGAUGAAAAAGUCGGUCAAUGUAAAUGUUAUAAUGCAAUUUUAUGGGAGAAUAAUAUUGACA